CUUCAGUCAAAAUUUGCGUAAUUGAUUUGGACUUUGCAACUUUGCUUUACUCUCUGUUAUGGCUCGUCUUCUUCGUUUUUCAUCUUUUUUCCUUCGGUUUUGGUUGCUUAGAUGAUGCAAUCCACUAACCACAACCAUUGAAAUCUCCAAUUUUAAGCUUCUAGAGCUCAAUUUCGAUUCUUUUCUUCCCAUUUUUCCUCUUUCGGCGUGCCCUCUUCGAGAUCGUACAAUCAGGUUUGGUUUGUACUAGGUUUUCUCAUUUUUAUUCCGAUUAGUUUUUUGUCAUCAGAUAAGCUGGGUGUAAGAAAUGGCGAAUUGGCAAUAAACCCUAUUUUCGUUUUGGGAAUUUAAGCCGGAUCAUUUGCGUUUUUCUGUUUGUGGUGGAUUUUUUUUUUUUGGAUUUGGUAUCAAUUUUCUGUAUGGAUUCUGGAAAUUGGGAAGUCUGUAGUUAAUAAUGAACAGUUCCAGGACUAAUCUGAUCUGUUUGUGGGUUUUUAUUUGGGAGAGAGCAUCAUCCUGAUAUAGAAAUAGUGCAGUUUCAGCAUUCGUUGCCUCCCCUUUAUCGAAUUCACGGUGUUUUUUGCUGGGCUUAGAAUCCUUUUGUUUGGAAUGAACUGUGUGCCUGGGUUAUAACGUAGUAUUACACAUUCGUUGGUUAAAUUUCGAUAGAUUGCAUAUGUUGCGUGAAGUCUGUGGAUUGAGCUUGCUCCUUUCCCUGCCAGAUGAUGUGUUUUCUAUUGUGUCACGGUCCCUUACUCCGAGGGACUUGUGUAAUUUAAGCCUAUGCUGUCGGAGUCUACAUGCUUCAACAGCAUCUGAAAAGAUCUGGCUUACACAAUGUGAGAUGGUAGGAAUUUUGGCUGCCAAAGACCUCAUUGAUUGGCGAACAGGUGUGUCAUCCUAUAAGGCACUUUGCCGCUUUCUCAGCAGCAUUGAGCCAUUGAUGGGAAUAUGGGUUCAUCAGAAUCCGGAGCUCGGCAAUGUAGUUUAUGUGAUACCUGGUUUUGUUUCAGUUGUUGGUUGUAGGAUUAUUCCUCAAGAACUUGGUCCAUUAGGCAUUGAAGACGGGCCGAUCCUUUGGGCACCUGUUUUUGAAAUUCUGGGUGAUGCUGAUGGCUCUGCAUCAUUUUUUCUUCAUGGAAGAGAGAAGGGAGUCGACUAUUUUUAUCCAGGUGUGGUGAAAACUGUUGACAAGAGUUGUAAUGUGCUCCUUCUCGAGGUUGACACCAGAGCACACAAGAAUUGUUAUAGUAACUUGUUGCAUAGUAAGAGCUUUGUUAACCGUUCAGAUCAGGGGACUAGAAAGGUUUGUAGGUCUAACAGUAAUAGAUCCCAGAGUGUUUUUGGAGAGCUUGAGUCAAAAGUGCCAUUUGGCCGGUUGGCUUUUUGUGAUAGAAGAAAAUUGCUUGAAACUGUGAUGAGUCAAGUUCGUGUUAAGGUUCCCAAUCCAUUUACUGGACCACUAUUUCCUAGGUUGAGGGAUGAUGAAGAGAACUUCAAGAAAGAUAUGGCGGCGUUAUCAAAAAGGAGGUCAGUACUUAUGCAGUAUCGUAAAGUUGGUGGAAGAAAAAUGUCUUGGAAGGGUAGUCCUGAACUGUUUCCAAAUCCUACUCAGUUGGAUCUAAGUGAGUUCAGAAAGUCUCUUGAUGGUUCAAGUGAUCAUCACAAGUCAAUUAAUGGGGACGAUGAUCAGAUAAGAUUGCGGAAGAAGAAAGCUCUUGGCAGGUAUUUUACACAAAGCCUUAAUCAUGUACUGAAGAAGUCUGGCUUAUUCAACGAUGGCAAAGGAAUGUCAAAGAAUGGUUGUUCUAGUAGUGUGAAUAAAUAUGUCCAACUUGAAGAUUUUCUUAAAUCGGGUGAUACAAUUGGAUUGGCAUUGCAUGCAUCAACCAUGAAGCUAUCUUCUUACCGUGGAUGGCCUAAUAUGCAUGACAGUCGAUUUGCACUGUAUAAAUUACCGAUGCGAGCUCCAACUGCUGAGCAAGAGUAUGCUGGUUUAUGGGGAGGAACAUUCGGCUGGCCUCCAGGGAAGCCUACAGAGGAUAAACCUGGAAAAGCCCUUUUCUUUCUUUUGCUUUCAUAUGAGAAAUCCCAAGAACAAUUGUUUCUCAUUGCAACAAAAAUAUUGGAAGGCACACAUUAUGUUUUACAUCCUAAUGGUUCUGCAAUGUUCAGAGUGAAUAUUAACGAACCUUCUGCAGAUCCAUUUCCUUGGGAGUCUGAUGGGGAACUAUUACCUGUGAAUGUUCAGCAUACAUUUACAGGAGAUGGGAUUGCCAAUGGGUAUGGAUUUCGAUACCCUGGUUCGAAGCCAGGUUCUCUCUAUGUAUUUCAGAAUGGCCAACUGGCCUUCAUUUGGAAAGAGUCCAAAUCUGUCCUGACCUUGCAGAGAUUGAACUUGCAAGAUCUUUUGAAAAAAGGUGAAAGGAUACCUCCCCUGCCCCCAACUGUCAACUUUUCAUAUCUAACCAAGUCAUACUCAAAUGUCUUUGCUGGCUUCCCGAACACUUCAACUAGUUUCUCCUCAUCAAGAGAAACGCGUUCAUAGGAAAUUCAUGGGUUAAAACAUUUGUUGAAUAAUAUUAUAUGGGUGUCACAGUUGAGGGUGCAAACUCCGUAUUUGUUGCUUUGGGAGCAGUUUGCGAUGCUUUAAAGUUCAGAAGAAUCCUUCAACCUGGGGAGGUAUUCGAUUGUACUACUACGCCAAUUUUACUGAACUCAGGUGCUGAAAUCCUUUUUAUGGUAUCUUAUUUAUGGCUUAAAAAAGGUAAAAAAUGAAAAAUGAUGUGUAUUGAAUAAGGAUUGUUACGUCUUCUUUAAUGGUAGGGAAAAAGCAGGUGCAGGGAAUCUAAAUAAAAUUUUCUAUAUCCAAUUUUGCUUUUUUACUCUGUGUAUGACCUCCCUUUGUUUAGAGGGAGAGAGAUUGUUCUCAUGAUCAAGUUCUUAUGAUCUCCCUCUAUUUUUUAUUGCA